UUUACCUAGAGGUUAUUUCCGUGUUUAUUAGGAUGUCUGCAGAAGUAAUAAUCAGUCAAUUUUUAUAGAAAUAUAUAAAAUACGAAAAUGGCGUGGAAAAGCGAAGGUUUGUGCGAUGUUGCGCGUUUGUUUGCUAUGUCUUCGGCAGACCGUGUUCUUCCUCCAGCCUCUCUGCGUCUCCUUGUCCCUCCAGUGAGACUCAUGUCUGCCUUCGUGUGGCAGGUAGCGCAGCAGCUCAAAGUGAUGCAGUAUGACAAGCUGGCGGACUUCAUCAGUUUGGCAACAGAGAUGGUCCCAGAGCUGCUCAGUCCCACCCAGAAGGCUCAGCUCAUCCUGGGCCUGAGAGCAAGGCUGGUUCUUGAGCUGUGUCGAGGUGAUGGUGUAUCCAACCUGCAGAUGAUCCAGAGUCAACUAGAUAAAAUCCACACCUGCAGUGUUGAGCUGAGCUCUAAUCAGGAGAUGGCCAGUUCUGAUAUAUUGAAGACAUCAUACAGCAACUUUGCUAGCCUGGUUCAGAACAUUUUGAAUGUUCCUUUUGAGAAGGAGUUCUUUUUUCAGGAGGUUUUUCCUGCCAACUACGGCUCCGUCUAUAACCAAAGGAUCCAGCAGCUUGUGUCCGUCUUUCUGUCCAGACUUGAAGAGCUGCUGCCAGUACCAGACCUGCAGCAGACAGCAGCUUGGCUCAAUGAAACACCUGUAUCAGAAGAAAUUGGACUCCAUCUGUCUGAACCCUUCAGUUUGAAGACCCUGCUGCAUCAUCACAGACAGACGGGGACUCUAAGUUCAGCACGGUCAAGCAGUGAGGACGAUGUCAUUUUGUCCACACUAGCCCUCCCUUCUCAAACUGUCGCAGAGAGGUUCACUGAGGCUUAUAGUCAGGAAGAUCAUGACAGUGAAGAACAAACACCAUCACUGGAGGGUUUAGAAGAAGAAUCAAGUCAAAGCUUUGAUGUCACGGCAAAUGAUUGGCUGCCAAAAAAGAAACCAGGUCCUUUCUCUUGUUUAUUCAUCUGCCCUCAGUGCUCAUUCACACAUCGCAUAAAGAGAAAAGUCCAGGAGCACAUCCAGAGUGAGCACCAGAUAACCGCUUCUAUUCACACAAACUUUUCUGGGAAAAAAGUCAGGAAGAAGAUACGUCAGAAUGCUGUGAAAAAUCAAGUAAAAGGUGACUCAGACAAACGGAGGAAAACCGAACCAAAAAGUGUGGCUAAAAACUGGGAAUGCAAGCAGAAAAAUGACAAUGUAGAAAAUAAGGAAAAGCGUAGAUGGAAAGAGCCCAAGCAGGAAGACAGAAGGUUUCUGAGCACGCGACCUGUGAACAAAAACUUCACAGAGAAAGAAACCAAAUGUCCGAUGUGUGAAAAGUUCUUUGAACAUCCAAAUCAAUUGAAGGCUCACAUGAAGCUCCACAGCUUCCCCUACCGCUGCAGCCAGUGCGAGAAAGGAUUCACCAGCCCAUCAGGCUUUUAUCAGCACCAGAGGCUUCAUAAGAGAGGACGAAUAUUCAUCUGUAACCAGUGCAACAAGGGAUUCCUGUGCAGGUAUUCACUCAAGCAGCAUGAACGCCUGCACAACGGUCCCACCAACUUGUGCAACAUCUGCGGGAAAUGGUUCAGCAAAGCUGGCAUCACGAGACACAUGCAGAUGCACAGAGGGGAGAAAAACUACCUCUGCACCACUUGCGGGAAAUCCUUCUUGUCUUCGGGCGAGCUGCUGCUGCACACUCGGUCUCACACGGGGGAGACGCCCUACACCUGCGUCCAGUGCGGGAAGGGUUUCUCCAGCAAAAGUCACCUAAAUGUCCACAUGCGCUCUCAUACAGGGGAGCGCCCAUACCUGUGCUCUGAAUGCCCCAAGCGUUUCCUUACGUUAAACUGCCUAAAGAGACACACACUCAGCCACAAUGGGGUGAAACCAUUCAAGUGUCCAAACUGCAAGAGAGAAUUCUCGCAGCAGGGGAAUCUGAAAAGACACCUUGCCACUCAUAAACCCCACAUGUAGUUUGCAGUUCUUAUUUUAUUGUCAGUCAAACAAGUUUAUUUCAAACUGGAAUUCCAGAAUGAACUACCUUCUGUAUGAAGAAAUAAGUGUGGGAAGCAUUAACCAUGCAAUCGUUGGAAGUAUAAGCUUUGUUUUCUUCAGUGUAUUCGGCAGGCAUUAAAGUGCACUUGAGGAUAUACUUACCAUCAGCGAUGUCAAUUUCAUUUUAGUU